AGACGAAGAAGAUAUACUUGAAGACGAUGACGAUGACGAUUAGUAGAUAUGCGAGGGAGGAGUGCUAGUGGGACGGGCCGGACUCGGCCCCCCACACUAGCGGUUGUUGAGGAGGAGGACGACCAGACAGCACCUCCAGAGGUGGCUGAGGCGCAAGAGGGUGUGCAGCCAGCUCCAGCACCUCGUAGACCUCGAGCUCGGCGCCAGCCUGUUGAGGGGGAAGUAUUGGAUGCCACUGGCAGAAUCCGAGUCAUCCCCAACGCACAGAGGACCAGGUUGCUCGAUACCAGCACGGUAUCUAGAGAGUUGCGGGAAAUCUUCCAGAGUCGGUGGUGGGCAGUAGGCACCGCUUGGAGGUUUUUUCCUGAGGAGGCUGUUUCUUUUUACUUCGAGGAGUUUAAGAAAAAAUUCUUCUGGGAGGACGAAUUCGAGGAACGAGUCAUCCGAAGUACUUUCGAGAAGCAUGCUGCGAACCGGUAUUCUGACAGGUUGUCCACUUACAAGACUUCUCGUGAGAGAGACGUGUCUAUUACAGACGACGUGUGGCAGGCUUGGGAGAGAGUUUGGGACUCUGAUGAGACAAAGAAGAAAUCAGCCCAGGCGCGGGCCAAUCGGAUGAGCGAGCCGGCCGGAGCUGGCACUGGACCAGUUCGACAUACCGGAGGGUCGAUGUCUGCUUUAAAGCAUAAGGCGGUUUUGGCUAGGGAGCUGGGCGCGAGCCGACACAUGCUGAGGUGCAUAAGCGGAUGCACACUCUGAAGGCUGACCCGACCCGAUUCGUGGAUGAGCGCGCGAGGAUUGCGGCUGAGCGUUUUGAGCAGGAGAUGUUGGCCGCUACACAGACAGCCGAGGGGAGUACAGCAUCUACCCCAGUGGAUCCGGACGAAGUUUAUCUUGCU